GAGGAAAUAGUUCCAAGGUCGUCUCCAUAGAAACUUAAAGGCGUCCGAGCAGAAACAAGUUGCUAGUGUGGCUAGAUACCUAUACAAAUCACAUGAAAACGACCGAAUAAUUAAGUAGCGCUGGUUAACCUGAAGUUUUGUUGGUCAUGUCAACCACGCUAAUUCCACUUGCCAACCCAAGAGGAGCGAAAAAACUAUGUGAGCUUUGUCAAAAACCUGCAUAUUUCCAAUGCAACAAGUGUCGUGUCACUUUCUACUGUGACACAGAGCACCAGCAGGCAGACUGGGUGGGGAUCCACGACAAGGUCUGCCAGCUGCUCAUCCCCAUCCGCUCUGCUGUGCCCUUUCACUCCCUGCAGUCCGACAGAGACCUCCACCAGUCCCAGACACGGCACAAGCAGGAACAACUGAUUGAGAUCUCCAGGUCAGUGGCCCAGAACAAGCUGUUUGAGGGGAAGUUCCAGGAGUCUCUACCUGCCUCUCUGCUCUCCCUGCGCUGUGCCAUGGACGUGUAUGGUCCCAGCGCAGCCUCGCUGGUCCCUGCCUACCUGCUGCUGGCAGAGGCCAACGUCGGUCUGGGCAGCCUAGCGCAGGCUGAGAAGUACCUGUCUCAGGCAGAGUGGACCGUGACCAAGACCCCGGACUGCAGCCAGGCGGUCCGCCACCAGCUACACCGCAACCUGGGCCGACUCUACACCUCCACCGGCAACCUGAAGGGAGCGCUGUUGAGCUUUGCCAACGACGUGCACUAUGCCAGUGACGAGUAUGGUUUGGAUAACAUUGUCACUAAAGGAGGAUACUUUCUCAUGGCCAACGUGUUCAUGAAACAGGAAAAGAAGGACAUCGCCCAUUCCAUGUACGCCGAGGUGGCAAAAACAUGGCACUCGCACCUGACCAGACUCGUCGAGGCCCACACUCAAAGCUCCAUCUCACUGGAACCAUGUUUUGAUGAGGCCCAGAGGACAGAGGCAGAUCAGAUGCUAAAGACUAUGCUGGAGGUUCAGGCGCAGAACAACAAACAGGAUGUGGCCCAGAUUGCUCUAGUGACCCACUCCUUGGCUAUGUUAUGGUUCCUGGGAGGAUCUCGUAACAAGGCGGUGGAGUUUGGCAGGAAGGCCUUGCAGGCCAGCCAGCUGGUACCAGACCCCAGUCUGACAGAGUCCAUCCAGCGACUGGUGCUGUUGGCAGGGACAGACCCUCCUACCCAGGCUAGAUGACCAGCCGGCAGCACACAUGCCCGACACCCGUCCACCAGCCGGCACCCCCACCAACUACCUCCGCUGUCCAGCACUUAACAACCCUGUCUCCUAGGGUUACUGUAGAAUCUUGAGGAAAUAAAAUGUUCUUGACUUGAUGUGGGUUCUGACUGACAGUUAUGUGAGAGUAGGCAGGACAGUAAUGUUCUGUGUUAGCAUCGGUUCGAUUUUUGUUGUUGUUGUCUAGGGCUAAACGCAAGACAUCAAGUUAUAA